CGGGUAUACAAGUGCAUUCCUGUCUAGAAGUAUUUGGGAACAGCUGAAUUUAAGGCUCCUGCUCCGUAUUGUAAUUUAUAGCAGUAUACUGCUCUGAACCAAGAAGAUGAGUGGAUUUGAACAUGAGAGUAUCAUGACAGAGGAGGAAAAAAAAGAGCUUACUGAAAUUCUAGCUAAUCAAGAUAUUUCAUCAGCAACAAACACAAUCAAAGAAUAUCUCAAACAGAAGGAACGAGUUGAGCUAAAUAUUGGUGUAACAGGGGAGUCUGGUUCUGGAAAGUCCAAAUUUGUCAAUGCAUUCAGGGGUUUAGGGGAUGAAGAUGAAGAUUCUGCUAAAACUGGUCCAGUGGAGACUACCAUGGAACCCAAAGUGUACCCUCACCCAAAAUACACAAAUGUGAAAGUGUGGGAUCUCCCUGGAAUCGGAACACCGAACUUCAAAGCCGAUGAGUAUCUUCAACUGGUUGAGUUUGAACGUUAUGAUUUUUUCAUUAUCGUUGCUUCGGACAGAUUCCGAGAAUAUCACACCAAGCUGGCCAAAGAGAUCAUAAGAACAGGGAAGCAGUUCUACUUCAUCCGUUCCAAGAUUGAUGUUGCCAUUGAUGGUGAAAAAGACAAAGAAAACUUUGACCAAAAAAAGAUACUUGAUACAAUUCGGGAAAAUUGUGUAAAUGGGCUUAAUGAAAUAGAUGGUGUGGAUGACCCUGUUGUGUUCUUGAUCUCCAGCCGUGACCUUAGCAAGUACGAUUUUAAUCGAAUGCAUGAGCGGAUAGAGAAGGAGCUUCCACAGCAUAAGAGGCACGUGCUGAUUAUGACCCUGCCAAAUAUCACGCUGGAGAUUAAUGAGAAAAAGAAGGAAGCGCUGAAAAAAGGCAUUUUAAAGGUAGCAUUAUUGUCUGCAUGUGUGGCAGCAGUUCCUGUUGCUGGUCUUUCGAUUGCCGUAGAUUUAAGCAUCAUAACUUUUGAGAUAAGAAAGUACCUCUAUGCUUUUGGUCUGGAUGAGAAAUCUCUGAAGAAUCUCUGUGAGCAAUCUGGACAGACCAUGGAAACUCUAGAGAAUCUGAUUACCUCAGUUUGGUAUAAAGGUCUUUUGACAGGUUCACUCUUACCCAAGCUGCGUGAUACAACACUUCUAAUGUCUGAAGAUGCUGUUGAGCGUGUGUUUUCCAUUGUGCCAAUUAUAGGCUCUUUGGUGGCAGGGGGGCUGUCUUUUCUUACUGUGAAAUUCAUGCUAAACAAAGCACUAAAUGAUAUAGCAGAAGAUGCCAGGAAAGUGUUAAUGGCAGCAUUUAAGAAUUUAGAGUAA